CAUGCAGUCAAAUAAUUCAGUUAUUGCCGUAACUUGGAGCUGUAAAGACGUAUUAAUUUCUUUAAAAAAGUCAAAAAAUCUCUUAAAUACGAAGUGUUUCUUUUUUAUAUAGAAAAUAACAAGUUAAAAAAUCUCAUGAAUGUAAUAUAGCAUUUCAAGUAGAAGAAAGAAGCAAAUAAAAAAAAGAUCUAUAAAGUAAAAUCAAAAGAAACUGUGCAGAAUAAAAUAGGAAAAAACAAUUUUUUAUACAUAAAAUUUACUUGGUGCGGUUACGUCGAAAAAACCAAGUGGAAUUAAGCGAACAAAUUUAAAAGUGUUGAACCCAUAUUACACACAUUUUAAAUUUUGAAGUGUGUGAAAGUUUUAGAAUUAUAUAAAAAAAAAAAAGUUUGAAAUUUUGAUUACCAGUGAAAUUAAAUAACUAGCAAACAUGACAACCAAAAUGGCUAUUAAUGCUAAGGAUAUUUUCCGCAAUCAACACCGUUUGAUACGUUUUAUCGAACAAUCAAUUCGAUUAUGCAGCAAUCAGUCGUUAAAGGCUGCCCAAGAGCAGCAACAACAACAGAAACAACAAUUAGAAGCUGAUUUCCAAAUCACCAAGUCCAUGACAUCACAAUUAUCAAAUGCUGUACCUGAGCCCAUUACCCAUGACGAUGAUGUGGGCGUACAAUUCAAUGCCACCCAAUUGUCGGUGCGUUUGGCCACACCCCAGCAAUUGCAACCCAAACCCGAUUCAGCCGAAGAGUUGGGCUUUGGCAAAUUGUUCACAGAUCAUAUGUUGAAGAUCUACUAUCACAAGAAUUUGGGUGGCUGGCAAAAGCCCCAAAUUACACCCUUGGAAAAUCUCGUUAUGCAUCCCGCCGCCAAAGUAUUGCAUUAUGCCGUUGAGCUUUUUGAGGGCAUGAAGGCUUAUCGUGGUGUUGAUGGCAAAAUUAGAAUUUUCCGUCCCAACAUGAACAUGAAUCGCAUGAAUUUAGCUGCCAAACGUUCCGGUUUACCCACAUUCGAGGGUGAAGAAUUUGUUAAAUGUUUAUCCCGCCUCAUAUCCAUCGAUUCCGAAUGGGUACCACACACAGAAGCUGCCAGUUUAUAUAUCAGACCCACACUGAUUGGUAUUGAUCCUACCUUGGGUGUUGCUUCCUCAGAUUCCGCCUUAUUAUACAGCAUUCUCUCCCCCGUCGGUUGUUACUUCAAGAGUGAUGAUACCGGUGCUGUUUCCCUGCUAGCCGAUCCCAGUUACACAAGAGCCUGGCCAGGUGGUGUAGGCAACCGUAAAAUGGGUUCAAAUUAUGCUCCCACGAUUAAUGUACAAAAAGAGGCUGCCGCCAAGGGUUUGCAACAAGUUUUAUGGUUGUAUGGUGAAGAUCAUCAGUUGACAGAAGUUGGCACCAUGAAUAUCUUCAUGUUCUACAUUAAUGACCAAGGAGAAAAAGAAUUGAUCACACCUCCCUUGAAUGGUUUAAUUUUGCCUGGUAUUACCAGAGAUUCCAUUUUAACUUUGGCCCGCCAAUGGGGCAAAUUCAAAGUAGCUGAACGCAGCUUUACCAUGCCACAAAUCGGCGAGCUUUUGAAUCAAGGAAGAUUGCUUGAAUUGUUCGGCACUGGUACCGCCUGUGUAGUCAGUCCCAUUAAUCGCAUUAACUAUAUGGGCCAAAAUCUGUACAUCCCCACCAUGGAACAAGAGAAACCUGUGCACGAAACGAUUCGUAAGACAUUAAUGGACAUUCAAUACGGCAAGGUUGAUCAUCCCUGGGCUGUGGUUAUUGAUUAAGAAGGCUUUUCUUUCAAUCAACCAUUUUAAGGAGAGAUGAGAUUUUUUUAUCCAAAAAAUUUUAUUUAAACUUGUGUGUAUUAGUAGAUUUUAAAUAGCUCGAUUUAUAAAAUAAGUUUAAGUUUUAAGUUCCCCACAGAAAAAGAGAAGGGUUAAUUAAAAAGGUCUUUUCAAAACGGAUCUUUUUUAAGACCCCCCUCCACUUUUUCUGUUUUCAAAUCAGCAGACAGUUGUUUUUUGUGUUAAAUAAUUGUGUUGUAAUGUUAGUUUAGUUUUUACUUUAAUUGUAAAUUAUUUUAUAGGGUAAAGGACAUUAAGGCUUGAGUGAUGACUAGCAAGACUAGCUCGAAUUUGUAUAGAAAAAACCUGCAUUUAAACAAAAAACAAGAAAAAAAUCACAAAAAAAUACAUCAUUUUAUUUAAUUUCUAAGACAUGAAGAAGAACAAAAUAAAACUCUAAAACAAUUGUCUGUCUGUUUAAAAGUCUCUACAGAAGAAAAAUCCCUUAAAUAUUUAUUUAUUUUGCUAAGUUUGUGUAUAUAACCUUAGAUUCUUCUCAUUUUAAAUAUUAUUAUUACAAUUAUUACCUAAACAUUUAAACUAAUUUUGUGGAAUUAUAUUAUUUAAUCAAACAAAAUAUUUAUGUACCCAUUUUAUAAAUUUAUAGUUUAGUUUUUAUACUCAGGGGCUAUAAUUUAUACUCGUAUGUAAAUUUUGUUUUUGAUUUUAUUCCUUAAUUUCAUUUUAAUUUGUUUUAAUUUUUAUUAUUAUUAUUUUUUUUUCGUUGAAAAGAAUUUUUUGUGUGAAAUUAUUUUCUAACGUACCGGAACAAGUGCAUUUAUUAGUUUUUAAGUUCUAAUAAUUUCAACAAAUUUUUUUGAUCUUAACUUUUGGUUUUUAUCACUUUUUUAUUGAAAAACCUCAUUUUAUUUACCAAUUUUUUUGCUGUAACAAAAUUUUACUUAUUAUUUUUUUGGUUUUACAAAAUUCAAAAUUAUUAUUAUUAAUUUUUAUUUAAUUUUUUUAAAUUUGUUAAAGAAUUAAAAUUAAAUACAUAUUUAAGAGAAUCUGUAAAAUAGUUUUAAAAUAAUGAAAGAAAAGAAAGAAUUAGGAAUUACAAAAUGAAAAAGAAAAAUUUAAACAUUGAAUUGAAAAUAAAUUUUUUUUUAUUAUUGAAAAUUGAUUUUUCAAAACAGCAGUAAA